AUGACCAAAUCAGUCAACCUUAUCCAGAACUUCACCACCAAGUCAGGCAAGCCUAUCACUUUUGGAACCGGAACCGGUACCAAGUGGCAGAACCUCAAGAAGAGCAGAGACGUCCCGGCAUUGACAGAAGAAUUGGUUGAGGCCUUGCUUUUGGCGUUGAAGCUGGGCUACAACCACAUCGAUGGUGCCGAAAUCUACACCACCCACGAGGAGAUCGCAGAAGCUGUCAAGCGUAGUGGAAUUGCCAGAGAAGACUUGUUCAUCAGCUCAAAGUACAACCCCGGAUUUGGUGAAAUCAAGUCCAGCAAUGCCACUGAAGCCAUCGACAAGGCAUUGAAGGAGUUGAACACCGAGUACCUCGACUUGUACUUGAUCCAUGCGCCUUUCUUCACUCCCGAAGGCUCGAAUGGCGAGACAGUCGAGUCAGCUUGGCAGCGUCUCAUCGACGCCAAGAAGGCUGGCAAGGUCAGAAACAUCGGAGUGUCCAACUUCAGGGUGGAGGACUUGGAAAGAACUUUCAAAGUGGCUGGUUCCAAAGAGUUCUACCCCAAGGUGAACCAGAUCGAGUUCCAUCCAUACUUGCAGAACCAAUCCAAGAACAUCGUGCAAUUCGCUGCCGAGAACGAGAUCUUGACCGAGGCAUACGGACCUUUGUCUCCCUUGUUCAGAAUCAAGAAGGACGACGUCGUCAUCGAGGACCAUCCUUUGGUGAGCUACCUCCCAGAAUUGUCCAAGAAGUACGGAAAGACUCCUGCCCAGAUCUUGCUCAGAUACACCUACCAGAAGGGUAUCUUGCCAGUGACUACCUCCUCGCAGGAAGAGAGAAUCAAGCAGUCUUUGGAAGUGUACAAUUUUGAGCUCGAACAGGCUGACAUAGACGAGAUCGACCGCUUGGGAAACCUGUUCCAUUUCAGAGGCUUUUUCAUCCCGCUUUACGAAAAGCCCGAGUCGAAGUGA